CAACUAACGUGUUUACAGUCGUUAUGGCUAAAAAAAAUAAUACUCGCUUAAAACAUUAUUUUAUAAAUAUCUGUCAUAAAUAGAGUUCUUUCUUGUAGUACUCAUAGUGACCAGCAGAGGGAUUACAGCACACUAAUAAUGCCGAGCCCAAGAAGAAGACGACGAAGAAGAAGCGGACAGUGACGGUUGGAAUCUGCGAGCGUCAGACGCUUCUGUCAGCAAAAACGCGCACAAAAACAGACCUUCAGACUGAGAAGGAGCUGGUCUGUCAUGAUAAAUGAAGACUGAUGACGCACGUGUCCAUCAGAAAGAGAUAAACCGCAUCCAUCACACCAGCAGAUGAACCCACCCAUCACGCCCUUAGCCCAACGCCGACCUUUCAGAUGGCUUCAUAGAAGGACUGUUUCCUGGACGGAUUUGGGGUUUGAUCCAUGAAGCUCUUAACUAAAAGCGGAGAAUGAAGUUUUUGAUGGUGUUUGAUUUCGACCACACCGUGGUCGAUGAAAACAGCGACUUGUGGGUGGUCAGAUGUCUUCCUAGCGGACGUCUUCCGUCCUCGAUUGAGGGUUCCUACCGGGGGGGUCUGUGGUUGGAGUACAUGUGCCGGGUGAUGAAGUACAUCGGAGACCAGGGCGUCGGCCCCGACGACGUCCGCGGCGUGAUGGAGAGCAUCCCGUUCACCGACGGCAUGCCGGACCUGCUGACGUUCAUUUUGGAGAAUAAAAGCGCCGUGGACUGCAUCGUCAUCUCCGACUCCAACUCCUUGUUCAUCAACUGGGUCCUGCAGGCGGCGGGGCUUCACGCCGCCGUCGAUAAAGUCUUCACCAACCCGGCGGAGUUUGACGGCGCCGGCCGCAUGGUGGUGCGCCCCCAUCACGCCCACGACUGCAGCAAGUGCCCCCCCAACAUCUGCAAGAGGACAGUGUUGGAGCGGUACCUGGCGGAGCGGGCCGAGGACGGGGCGCGGUACGAGCGCGUCUUCUACGUGGGGGACGGCGGCAACGACCUCUGCCCCGCCUUCUGCUUGAGGGCGCAGGACGCCGUGAUGCCGCGGAGGAACUUCACGCUGCUGAAGCUGCUGGCCCGGCUGGAGGCUCAGCCGGGAGCCGGCCCAGUGAAGGCCGACGUGCUGCCCUGGAGCAGCGGCGCUGACAUCCUGCAGGAGCUCAGAGCGAGCAUGGUGCCCAAGAAGUAACAGACAAAGACGUCAUCCGUCCAGAAUUAUGUUCUACUAUUUUAAGCAGAUUUUCAAUCAUAUUUAUUAUGUUUUUGCCAAAUUCUAAAAGGGAAUUUGCAGAACAGCUGAAGACUGUGAGGUUUUACAGUUUCUGAUUGAACCUCGUCCACAAAAUGAGUUUGAAAAGGUGCUUAGCUGGCGUUUGUGAUGCUGACUGAUCUUCCAGAGGAGAAUGGCGCCUAAACAACCUGAUGUUUGUCUCAAAAAAGUGUGUUUCUUUGAAAAAAGUUGAUUUUUUUUCUGUCUUUCUGCAGCUUCCAAAAAAAACCACCUUAAAUUUAGUUUUAUUAAAAAAAUACUUAAAUACGGAAGCCGAAAACGGCCUGCCUUACUUUUUUUUUUUGGGUCGUUUUCUCGUGAUAACGAGAUAAUAUGUCAUAAUAAUAAUAAUUUUUUAAAUAAUUUUUUUUUAUUUUUUUGUCAUAUAUAUGAGAUAAUUAAUAAUGAAGAAGGCAGAGUCCCACACUCCCUUUCCCGCACGGAGAAGCAAAAACUUUAGCUUUAAGUGUAUUUAUUUUGUGGUUAACAAGAAAAACAGCAGGAGGACUCUCCAGAAAAGUUGUUUUUAGUCUAUUUUCUUUUAUUAUUUUAUUAGUGGGUCUACACUCCUCAAACGCCUUCAGUCAGUCUUAUCCACCAGCCCUCAUCCCUUAUUUCCCACAGAUCACAGCGCAGACAAGAAUUUCCGCAUGAUGUGUUCACUGAACUCCGGACAUUAGCAGACCAAAAGAGCCACUCAGCCCAACUCAAUCCGCUACUAUGGUUUUGUCAUUUUUAUGUAACCUCUGGGAAACAAAGCAGUUUUUCAGAAAAAAAAUUGACACCAUUUAAUUAAUUGAUUAUAUAUGGAUCAUUGCUGAUAACCAACGUUCUCUCUGAUAGACUGCUUUGUUUUGCUGCUGAUGUGCGGAUCUCAGUGAACUCACCAUGCAGACACGCUCUGCAGCUCUGUCUAUCGAUGUUUGUUCAGAGUUUUGGGGGAAAUUAAGGGAGUGGCUGGUGCAUGAGACUAAAUUAAGACGUUUAAAGAGCAUAGAUCCACUAAUAAAUAAAAAAUAGACUAAAAACAACUUUUGUGGAGUGUUUUCAAUCAGGUGAAGUCUCUGUGUCUCUGAGAGAUGGAGGGAGACGCUUCAUUCUCCGUUCUUGAUUAUCUCGUUAUAACGAGAAAACAAACUUUGUUUUCUCGUGAUAACGACAUAUUAUUUCGUUAUCACGAGAAAACGAUCAAAAAAAAAAAAAA